AUGAAUACAGUAAUCGCGGUAUACUGUAGUACUCCGUGGCGAUCGGUCUACGUCGCUGCCCUAUGUUCAUUCGUGCAAGCAAUACAAUACGGUCUGUUCUUCUCCUCUCUAUGGCCGUACCUCAAAAGUCUCGAUCCAACAGUCAGCGAGACCUUUUUUGGCUAUGUCGUUGCCAUAUACAGUCUUGGUCAAUGCAUCGCUUCUCCAGCGUUUGGAUACUGGAGUAACCGUAUCAAGCAGGUGCGUGCACCGACAAUAUUUGGUUUUAAUAUGAUGUUAUUCGGAAAUCUCAUAUAUUUGUUCAUGGAUUUUCUACCUCAUGGCUACGGAUAUGCCAUGGCCAUUUCCAGAGCCUUAGUAGGAAUAGGUUUACAAGCUUUGUUCACACCAUUGGGCGGUGCUGGCAUUCACAUCGCGUUUGGGUACUCGUUGAAUAUGUACAAGGCGCCGGCGCUGUUCGCAUUAAUUAUGAAUAUCUGCGGUAUGCUGUUGAUGUACUUCGCAUUUGACGAGCAAUAUGCUGGGCUCCAUGAAGGGAAACAAACCACUCCGCUUCCGCCCGCCGAUUUCAUUGCCGUAGCAGUGUGUAUAGUAACACGUUUCACACAAUUAUCUGUUGCAGCGAAUAUUGAGACACUUGGUUCUCCCUACUCCAUGCUCAUGUUUGACUUCUCUGCACCAGAAGCAGUCAAAGUGAAUGCCGUAUCACAGGCAGUGCAAGGAAUAGCAGCAGCAGUCAUUCUUCUUCCAUUUCUCUUCUUGGAUGUUGGAAAAAGGCUGAAGCAGCGUACCGUGAACAUCGCUUGUAUGCUUGGCUUCAUUGCAUUUCAUUUAAUUACUUAUCCAUGGGAUUUUGGCCAGCGCGUUACCAUCAAUCAGCAAGACUCACUCGAAGGAGGUUGCGAUUCUGAAAGAUUUGAUUGGUGCUCAACCACUCCCAAAGUUGACAAAUGGCUCUACUACGGCUCACUUUGUUUGGUCUUUGAGGUCACAUACGCCGUAAGCAACGUAGUUCUCUCGACACUUUUCUCGAAAGUCAUUGGCCCAAGACGACAAGGCACCAUGCAAGGCAUCUUUCAAAUGUCUGGGUCAGUGGCUCGAAUGGCAGCACCUGUGUUACUCAACCUGGUCUACUCGCAUUUUGGACCGAAGGGGGUUUGGCAGCUUGAACUUGCUCAACUGGUUUCUACACUAGCUUUGUGGCUGCUUUUCCUCCCUCGUCUGGUUCCUUUAGAGAAGUUGCACGAUAUCAGGAACAUCAAGCAGAAGGCGAUGGCUUGA